AAAGCGUGUAUUAUAUAAAUAUAUAGCUGUACCGGUAUCUCGCGUUUGCGUCUUAUGCUGCUGGGGCUCGUAUGUUUUUAGCGACGUGAGAGAGGCUUUUUUCUCGGUGAACCGAACUGGGACUCUGGAAGUCCGUCAGUUGCGAUUGAAACUCCGAAACGAGCGGUUGAAAUUUAUCUACAAGUCAAACAUUUUGAAAUGGCUCUGAACGUACCAAAGAUCAAGUUCUACAAUGGCAACGAGAUUCCGGCUUUCGGCUUGGGAACGUGGAAGUCGAAACCUGGUGAGGUCACGCAAGCCGUUAAGGAUGCUAUCGACAUCGGUUACCGUCAUCUGGACUGUGCCCAUGUCUACGGCAAUGAGAAGGAAGUCGGCGCGGCCAUCGCCGCCAAAAUCGCCGAGGGAGUCAUCAAGCGCGAGGAUCUUUUCAUCACGAGCAAACUGUGGAACACCUACCAUAAAACUGAACUUGUAGAGGUGAACCUUCGCAAAAGCUUGACUGACCUCGGCGUGGAGUAUCUGGACUUGUACCUCAUCCACUGGCCCAUGGCUUAUAAGGACGGCCCAAACAACUUCCCCCAGACCCCAGAAGGUAAACCACUGCUUGAUGUCGAUGUCGAUUAUCUCGACACAUGGAAAGGCAUGGAAGCUGUCCUGGCUAAGGGCUUGGUUAAAAAUAUUGGAGUCAGCAACUUCAAUUCCGAGCAAAUCGAUAGGCUUAUCAAGAACUCCAAAGUCAAGCCAGUUACAAACCAGAUUGAAUGUCAUCCCUACUUGAACCAAAGGAAGUUAUCUGACUUCUGCAAGCAAAGAGACAUCGUCAUAACGGCUUACAGUCCACUUGGUUCGCCAGACAGGCCUUGGGCCAAGCCAGAAGAUCCAAAACUUAUGGAUGACAAGAAGCUAAUUGAGCUUAGCAAAAAAUACAACAAGAGCCCUGCUCAAGUUCUUAUCCGUUAUCAACUCGACCGAGGCCACGUUGUUAUCCCCAAGUCAGUUACGAAGUCGCGUAUCCUCGAAAACAGUCAAGUCUUUGACUUUAAAUUGGCACAUGAAGACAUUGCAUACAUAGACACCUUCGACUGUAACGGCAGAAUUUGUCCAAUGACCGGAUGUGAACCAAGUCCGCAUUACCCUUUCCACAUUCCGUUCUAAAUGCGACGGUAUCCAGAUACAGAUGAUCUUAUUUCAUAUAAAGUCAUAUCAUGCUGCUUAACAGAAAUCUCAAUUAGUAUGAAACGAAACUUUACGGAGCUUGAAGUAUUUUAAGCCCUCUGUAUUUUACAUGACUAUAAUAUGUUAGACACUCUUCUAUCGGAAGGCAAAAUUUUAUACAAUUAUUUUUAUUCAUGCGAUAAGUUUGAUGUGUGUACCGUAACAUUAAUGACAAUUUUUCAAGCGCAUUAAUAGCAAUAAAAUAAUUUUUUACUAAAA